AUGACUUCUCCCGAGACCAAAGAUGACUGGACAGACGAGCAAUGGGCAGACAAUCUCCCGAUACGCGUAAAACUCGCCCAAAUGCUGUUUUGGCUCACCACAGGGAGAGAGCUCUCCACGUAUGAUGACCACGCGACACUGGCUGAUAUCAAAUCAGCAUCCGAUCCUCGCUUUCGUCAGAGCAUCGACCACACCCUGCUCAAGCCCGAUGCGACGUUGGAGCAAAUCGAUAAGUUGUGCGAGGAAGCUGUGAAAUAUGGGUUCAAGAGCUGUUGCGUGAACGGAAUGUACAUUAAACGCGUAGCUGAAUGCCUCAACACCCUAUCUCGCGAUCCAGACACGCGCCCUAUCCCAUGCUGCGUCGUCGGAUUCCCUCUUGGAGCAGGAACAGCCAAAUCUAUAACCAACGAAGCAGUGGAAGCAAUCACCAACGGCGCACUUGAAAUCGAUGUCGUCUUUCCUGUCGGUCUCCUGCUAUCCACUCCUACCCCUUACUCCCAGAUCUAUCACCACCUCAAAACCAUAAUAACCGCUUGCCAUCCGUGCCCUGUCAAAGUAAUCAUCGAGACCGCCCUUCUCCCCACAUCGGAACUGAAGAUCACAGCCUGCGAGCUUGCCACGGAGGCAGGCGCGGCGUUCGUCAAGACGUGUACGGGGUUCAACGGGGGCGGGGCCACGAGGGAGGACGUUUUGUUGAUGAGGUGUGCUGUGAGGAAGUCCGUGAAGGUGAAGGCUUCGGGCGGGGUGAGGACAUUUGAGGCUUGCGUAGAGAUGUUCAAAGCGGGUGCGGAGAGAAUCGGGACGUCGUCCGGCGCAACCAUCAUGGCCAACGCAAACAUUGUAACGAGCGCGCCUGACGCUGACAUCAAGACUGAACCGUAUUGA